AUGGUUAAAAGUUUACGGCAUAAUCAUCUUCGCACCCAAUGCGGUAUCUGUUGUCAGGGAUUGUUGCCUGGUGAUUUCGUCGCUCCUUUGUUAUGUGAUGAUCCUAAUACUGGAUCAGGAAGCUACCUGGGCCAGGCAGUAUAUCCGGGAUAUCCUCAUACUAGUGUUGAUAUUAACGAUAGAAGUUUCUGCUGGGCAUCUAACUGCUACCAAUGCGCCAAAACUCCGGAGGCAGUAGGACUUCAUGUAGUCUGUCUUGGUGUUUUCAUGGAACACUGCAAAGCUGUCGAUUCUAUCGAUAGACUAUGGGCGACAGUAGGCCAAAAGAACCUAUGGAAUGGCGCCCCAGGUCUUCAACUUGAUCGAGAAUCAGAGGUCGAGAUAGAUCUUGUUCGUCAGAAAGCCGAGUCUUAUGGUGUCACCCUGCUGGCCCGACUUCCCGCAGAACUCACCCACAUGAUAUACAAAUACAGCGAGGAUGCGGUAUUUUGGCGCUGCAUCUUAGCUCUGAGCCUGGCUCGGGAGUUAUCUCAGUCGCAACGAUGCAUGACGAUGCCGAGCCCUUCAGUUCCUUUGUGUAAUAUUGUGGCAUGGGCAAGGGGAGAAUCGGCUGUUGUGGGCUCUGAUGAAUAUCCGCCUUACAUACGACUCACCCUUGACUAUCGAGGUAUCCGCAAGAUCGAACGGCUUCAAGAAAGACCGCCAUAUGAACCAGCUUACUCAAACAGAGAAGUAUUUAUUCUUACAUGUGAAAGCGAGGUCAAGGAUGUUGUUGCGAUACUUGAGGUUUUCAACGUCUUGCGGCUCCAGCUCCCGAACCAUAUACGAGGUUUCCAGGUCUGGGAUGCUCCCAGCCCCCCUCGUCUUGAAGACUGCGAGUUUUAUGGCCGCGUGUCACAGUCGAUGCAGCUCAAGACUAUUAACCUGUAUGCUGUGAGUGGCCUCACGUUCUUCUUCUCGCACAGCAAGCUUUACGCAGUUCAUGCGCAUACCCAUAAGAGCCCACAUGCAACUACGACCUUUGAGCGUCUUUCCGAUACACGACGGGCGAAUGCUGUGUCAGUAUAUUUGCCGAUUCCCAAAGGUGAGGAGAUUAUAGCCAUUAUUAUCAGACUAAGAAGCUCGCUCGAAGGAGGACAAUCUACAGCACAGAAACCAUUCUUCUUGUCCAACCCCAAAUUGUUCGUUUAUAGUUCUUCAGACGUCGGGCCAGCAACCGUAUUUGGAACAUACCCUCGGAAACAACACGGCAACAGUAUUUCUCCAUUGUUUCCUCAUCCCUGGUUCAGUAACCCACCUAUCAAUUAUCAUGCCAACAUUUCGUCAGCGCCCUUGGAGAAUGUGAUUCGCGUGUGGGUUCGGGAGGAUGAAGAUCAACAUUGUCAUGGGAUGCUACUGGAAUAUUCCAACGGGGCUCAACGAGCGCUAGGGGACUACCGAGUUGGGAAUUAUCUUCCGGGCACGGAUUGUGUGAAGAAGUAUUUGAAUCCAUCGCAGAUCUGUUAUCGAGGGCCUCAAGAUGAGGGUGCGGGAGCAGGACGACUCUCACUUAACUUUGUUGUUAACGCGAGUGAUCACCAUGACCAUGACCAUGAUGCAGACGGCUGGAAAUGCAGUUCAUUGAAAGGUGUACUUGAAUUCUGGUUUUCGAGGGAACGAUCUGUCAUUCGGAUAUUGGAGUAG